CUAGUGUUCAAAACAGAAGGCAAAAUGGCAGAAGACAGUGACGAAGAAGAGAGAUUAAGUUUGGAGGAUGAGUUUCAGUGGUUACUUAAGGAGGAGGUUCAUCCAGUGUUACAACAAUUGCAACAGUUACUCAAGGAAAACACACGAAGAUUCAACAUUCCCAUUUCAGUUGGACUAGCCAAGUUAAUUAAGCCAGAGACCUUUGUUCUUUCAAGCUCCAAUGGAGCUGACUAUGCUAAAGGAGUAGUGACGUUAGUUGCCGAUAACAUCUGCCGUGCAGAGCUAACAUUACGAAUGCACAGAAAUGCAAACCAGGUGGCAAAGACAUCCAUUCGAGAAGAUAUUCCAUGGAAACUUCAGCAGGUACAAGAUGCUGGUAAUCAUUUGUACACAGCAUUGGAUGCUGUCUGCAGGAUGGACCUAGAUUAUGAGUUCAGAACAGGCAGCGAGGUUACAAAGUUGAUGGACGAGGUGAUGAAUCAGCUAAAGAAAGGCAGACAUCAACUCCUCAAUCCCAUCCACCCAACACUGCAUGAUCUGUACUUCAGCAAAUGCUUGAAAGCAUUCAACCCACCCUUGCCAAAUGAGGUACUUAUAGAUUUUUAUGUCCAAGGCAACAAGCUUAAUAUGUGUGCCUACUUCUUACAUCCAGUGCAUGCCACCAGAACACCGAGUAAGCAUUCAGCUGUAGCAGUUGAGAGGAACCCUGCCAACACAUUGGAAUUGGGCCCACUGAAGUAUGAAGUGACUGGCCAGUACACAGUGAACUGUGCUGUCCCCUGGCUGGGAGAAGCCCUGACGCUGUUCACAGUGGCCCUUCAGACUUGCCAAGAACUUAAGAACAAGUUUCUCAUCCGCUCACUUUGACAUUUGCUUCAAACUUUCCCUCUAAUAUUUUCACCCAGAUCACCACUGAAAGUCCUCAUCUCACAAUAUUAACCUGUACAUCUAUUACACUGUCAAAAAUGCUCAUUUACUCUCUGCCAUCUCUGAUUGCGGCUCCAUAAUCAUGUGAUUCAGGAAUAGACCUCAGUACUGAUGACACUACACUUUGUUGACGCAUUUGUGCCUUCCUAUGCUGCUCAGUGGACUGGGCCCCCCCCCACUGGCUCCGCAAAGAAGUGCACAUGUAAAGCAGCGUCACAUCAUCAGUAUGUAGGCCUAGAAGCUUAGCGUUCCUUAAACCUUCCAAUUUGAAUUGCAAAACACUUGUCUCUUGAGAGAGCCAAUUUCAGUCUGCCAAUGUCCUCGCUACGUGUGCAUAUGAAUUGAUACCUAUCAUGCAUCCCGGGAGAGAUUUGGACAGAGGUCUGUCAAAUUUAUACAUAUAUUAUGCACACUUUAUAUUAUGCACGCUUAUUAAAAAAAGAUAAAUUAAUAAAACCAAACAACCUUGAGAAGUUAAUGACUGGACAGAGCGUAAAAAGACUCAGGUCUUUUGGGCCAGGUCUGGGUGAUGUUCCCCAAAUAUUCUGAUUUGGAUGCAAAAGAGGCUGUAUUUACUUUUAUUGACAAUACAUGUGCUAUUAAUAUUUUAGAUAUCUGUCUAUAACACAGACUCUGACUUGAAUUUGUAUGUGAUUUCAGACAAAGUAGUCUGUCAGUUGCAGGAAAUCUCUACUGGAGUGUGCUUCAAAUUUUAUUUCACAAUUUUAUGAUCUGAAUUAAAUCUGAGUUCAGGUUUUUAGCUUGAUUUGUUAUAAUUGAAGGUUUUGAAAGACCAACCACAUCACAGAAUGCUGAUGUGCCUAGUUCAAACAUAGCUUUCUGGGCAAUUCCACAUAAAGUUGAAAAUUUAGCCACAUUAAUUACCAACCUUCUCAUCAUCUAAGUAAGUCUGAAACUAAACAGAUUUUUUCUAAGAAAAGAUGGUAGAAACAAGUAGUACCAAGAUCUUUAAUGCCACUGUUAUUGCAUUGUUAAACUUCUUUUUUGUGAAUUGUUAUAGAGCAAGACCAAAUUUCCACUUUUGCAUGGAAAUCCCUUUCCUUAGAAACAAACUUCCAAGAAUUUGCUCACUUCCAUCUUCCUAAACUCGUCUGUAUCCCACAAAUUUAUUUGGAAGUCUUUUCUAUUCAUGGUUCAUCUUUCAUUAGUUUAGUCUUGUGGUUCAUUGAUUUCUUGUCUUCCUCACCAGAGUCCCUGUAGGGAUUGUAUUCCUCUGCCAGUUUGUAUUCAUACAUGUACAUCAACCAAAGAAAAAAAAAGACAAAAAUCACUAAAUCACUUUUAAAAUCACUUCACAAGUGAGUCUCUGGCAUAUAUGUGCCAAAUAAUGCAAGUUUGAUUUACAUAAGAAGAAGCUCUAAUUUCUAAAUCAGCCCUUUGAAUUCCUAGCUUUUGUUAGUGCCAAAAAGAUCUUUAUAAAAUCAUUAUUUUUAUAUCAGAGAGGUUCAGGCAGUUGAUAUUUUUUGAGAUGCCAAAACUUGACUUGAAUAGUUUGUGAAAUGGAGUUGAAAGGCAUUGACACAAGAUUUUUCACAGUGUCAAAGGGAGUAAUACACCUUUCUAUCCUAUCUCCCCAUAGUUGAUUCACGGUACACUUGUUUUACUCCGCCUCAUGCACACUUCUGCAUUGGGUUACAUGGUGUGUUCAUGCACAGACAUUUGAGCAAACAGUGCCCAAUGUUUUUGCAUCUACAUGUAAUUUGCUCAAUCUGCAUAGCGGGUACCUGGUAGAUAAAGGCUGCUUCUCUGCAUGCCUGGGCAAACCAGAUAGUGAGCAAUGGGCAAGGUAAUGGAUGUGUAUGAGGUGAUGGAUUGAGGGAAUAAAAGUAGGCUUUAUAUUCGCCAUUUCAAACUGUAGUAUGGUUCAAACCGGAUUGGGGCCAUGCAUGCCGGGGAUGAAGGGGAUAGGUUAUCUUUUGUCAGUUGCCAAGGUAACAGCUCAACACUGAAGGCACUCAACUUCAUCCCAGUGCUCUUACAUUGGACCAGCCAACUAGUAACCAGCACCAUGGCAACUGACAUCACACUUUGGUGCUCCAUGGUCUGAGCCCAAGAUGAAGUCCAUUAUUCAUAUCAGGCCAUAAACACCAAGCCGCUUUUUCGUACACGUGUUUAAAACUGCUCCAGCCCACUUUUAUUCCCAUUCAUAAAUACAGGGUACUUUGUUUUUGUAAAUGUCCAGGCAAAGUUGAAAAAUUAUAUUUUUCAAUAACUCCUUUCAUCAGUUUUAACUUUCGUUUUGUGAAACAUCCCUCUAGCUACAUCUGUGCUAUGUGCUUCUUGUGCGCAGUGCUUAAUCUCCUUAUAUGGAAACGAACACCCAACGCACACUGUGAUUUGACUCUAUGAAAUAUUAACUCACUGAUUAUAUUGCCUAUGCCUGUGACAGUCAGUGAUUGUCAUGGUAAGGGUUACAGUCUAUUAAAUCUGGGUCAAAAUGGCAAAUGAUUUCUUAACCAUUGGUUGUUAUAUAAACAGAUAAAAACCACCCACCUGACAGGCUCUCAUCCAACAGGAAUGGGUAACCUGUCUGAGGUGUAUGUGAAUGGCUAUUCAUUAAUAACUAAGACAGUUUGGCCAUUCCUAUUGAUCGAGAGCCUCUCACAAGCCAGUCUUAAACCAGUGAUAAAGCACUGGCUGCCUCAUCGCAUUCUGCGCCACCUCAGGCAGUCCGAGCAGCACUCUUGCCAAUCUCCAUUUAAGGAGAAUGGGAAACAACUACUUGUGACAGGCACAUGCCAUUGCAGGACUAGAGGGGUGUUAAAAACAAGUAAAGUUGUUGAACAAAGUUGUUGGAGUUUUAACUUAAACUGACUGUCCGAAUAAAAGUAUUUAUGAAUGGGAACAAAUAUGUGCUUUGCUGGUCUUAUACUAAUGUUGAUAAUGCCCUCACCUGUGGCUCGAGCAUUAGUCCUGUCCACUUUCCUGAGCCAUUUUUUAAUGAUGUUUAAGACCAGCCAAGCACUGAGAUCUUGGCUUAUCAAUUAUCUUUGGGUCCUUGAGCUUCCUCAUUGACUAUCUCAGUGCACCAUCUAACCCAUUGCUUUCUUGCUUCUCCCACUUGUCACAUCUUACCCCUCUGUCUUGUAUUCCCACCUCUGCAUUUGUUCAAUCAUCCAUCUUACAACCUUCUUUGUCGUCCACUCCUGCUUGUCCUGACAACCUAACAUUUCAUACAUGUAUCCCCUCAUUUCCCAUUGUGCCAAAUUUCUUUUUGAUCCUAAAUGUACCUCCACUCCCUUUGUCUGUGAUACAACACAUGCUCUUCUGUUUUUCUCUGUAUUUGUGCUUGUACCCUCUAUUGUCUACACAAUGACACAAUGUCUACACAAUGACACACAUUUUCUGCAACUGUUGGAUUAUGCACAACUGGUCAAUUUGUGAAAUGCUUUAUGUGGUCACUUGUUCUUGUAUCUGGUGUUGUUGGUUCCCGGCUGCCGGACAAUUGAUGCCAUGGUUAAUCAAUUAUAUUAAACUGGUCAAAUAACUGCUAACCCGUUCACCACCCCAACCGACUGGAUCCAUUUCCUUGUAUUCUUGGUUAUGCAUCCCUCUUUGUCACCAUGCCUGUAUGUGAUGAUCUUCAUCUUUGCCUCUCAACUGUGUGUCUUCCAAUGCUCCCAUGUGCCAUGCUGUCUGUCCAUCACACUUAUCAUUUCACCCUUCACCCCCUUCCUGUUACAUCCUUGGCACUUUCCUCUAUUGCUGGUUUGCAUGCUUCCUUUGCAUUUUGUCUCCCCCCCCCACUGUUGACCCCCACCCACCCACAAUUUGUCUCAACACUAGAUUGAGGUGUUUUCAACUUUCCACAUCGAUGAGGCAAAACCAAGAGAUGUCGGUUAGAAGAGCAGUACUGCAGCACUUGCGCCUCCUGUCAGGCUCAAAUUUUUGUAGCAAGUUUUCUCAGUGAGAAUAGUGUACGUGUAAUUUUGAUCAUGAAAUAAUAUCAAGUAUCUGUUAAUUAUAGAUUCGUGUUGUUUCAGUCACAUUCUGUGUCAAUGAAAGAAAAGUAAUGUACCAGUAGGACCAUGACAAAUGUGCUUCCCAAUCCAUUCGUAGGAUAUUUAUCUGUCAUGCAGACCAAUUUUCUGAUUGCAACCGCAGUGUUUUUGACCAAAGAGACACAUGUAACGCUCACCGUGUCCAUUCAAACAAAUGGAAUCUUCAUGUAAUCGCCAUCUUGGCAGUAACUUGUUUGAAACGUGUAUUAAAAGUCAUACACUUUAUACAUAACUCGCAAUUGUCUUUGAAAUUUAAGGGACAAAUAAUUGAAUUUUUUGCAAUAUACCAAUUUUAAGGACAGGUUGUAUCAAUUUGUAUGAAAACAAGACAGGCGUUUUAGAUUUAAAAUUUAAAUGUUAUCAAAAGUGUGUUUGUAUUCUGUGUUUAAGAGUGGCACUUGGACUUAUCAAACCAGAUAGUCUCCUGCAAUGAUUGCAGUUUUCAAAUGAACCCGUAUGAAAACGGCCAACUCUUAAUACUUUGAGUGGAAUGCCGUUCAUAGUAAACAGGCUCAUGUAAGACACUUUGAUGGCGGCAAGCAGAUCAAAAAUUAUGAAUUACUCUGAAAGUGGUCCGGUAAUGUUUCCUGCCACUUUGAAUUCACUCAUCCUGGGGGAUUUGCUGGAAUCUGCAUUGUAUCUUUAGAGCCAAUGUGAAGUUCAAUUUCAGUUUAGUAUGGAGAUGAUGGGUUUGGCGGAUUGACAGCAUAAGGAAGACAGUUACGGUAUUUACAUGCUGACUGCACCACAUCUCGGAAUUUUCUAUUUAAUUACCAUAAAUUUGCAUUUUGGAUUGAUGUUUUGUUAUUGAAGGCCAGAAUAAUGUGGAGAUUAUAUAGAUGUAAAUACACAAAUAAAUGGAGAGAUUUAAUUAACUGUUUAUAUCAAAACUCAAAAACUAUAUAGCAUAAUGUUUAAGUACAUGUACAUAUGAAUUUUACGGAGCUCUAGAAAGGCCAUCUGACUUGUUGAGAUCCUGACAUAUUUUUCUUGGGAGGACGACAUCCUACAGGCAAGAUAUAAAUAUCCUAUGAUAAUUUAUCACAGAAUGACGACAUUGUUGAAGUUGGAUGACGACAUCCUGAGAUAAAUUAUGUAAAGCAGACACCGCACUUGCUGGAUGUCGUCAUCACAUAAUAAUAUAUCUCAGAAUGUCUUCAUUAAACCUUAACGAUGUCAUCAUCUCAUGAUAAAUUAUCUCAGGAUGUCGACAUUUUGCCUGUCUUAUGUUGUCAUCCAGCGAAAAAAAUCUCAGGAUCUUAUCAAGUCGGAUGGCACUUUUAGAGCUCCGUAGCAUUUGAAUGUUUUAGAGCAUCUUUGUAUUGUCAUUAAGUCUGUGGCAGCUGACAUGUGUCCUUAGGUACAGAAUCACCCUUCUUUGCUUUUUACCACCACAUGUUUAUUUUGUGUAAGCUGUCAGAAUUCCUGUUGAAAGGGGUUCACACCACGAAAAAUGUCCUAUGUGAACUGUUUACAGAAGCCACCCAGUGCACAUAUUAUAAAUCAUUGAUUGUGAUUUAUUGUAAAUUAAAGUUGAACUAAGCGUGCUCAUUUACAUCGA